AUGACAACAACAAAAGAGACAGAUAAAUAUCAUUCUAUCACCAAACAAUUCAAAACAUUCAAAGAUAACAAAUGUCCGUUAUGUGAUAGUCAACUAUGUGAUACUGCAACACUCAACAAUCACAUUGCUCAAUGUUCUGUCUAUUUCAUGUUGGACAAUCAAAUAGAUGUCUUGCAAGUUGUAAAUGAUGUCAUGGCAAAUCAUUCCAACAAAAAGAGAUCAAUUGACAACAAUGAUAAUAAUAAUAAUAAUAAUAAUAAUAAUAAUAAUAACAAUAAUAACAACAAUAAUAAUAAUAACAAUAAUAUUAUUGUGAUUGAUGAUGAUGAUGACAUCAAUGUGAAGAGACAAAAGAUGGAAACAAACAACAACGACGACAAAAAGAUAAUAAGGUCUGAUGAAGAACUAAAGUCAUUGGGUGCAUUUGUUAAGGAUUCAAAUGGUGAGGGAAGAUGCCUAGAUAUGAUCAACUUUGUCGGAAGUCAACAGGAACUACAAUCAGCGGUGAAUAGGGUAAGAACAGUCAUCCAAAAAUCAAAGUUGGUUACCUACUUAUCAAUAUAUGUUCUUUUCGAUGAUAACACAAUUGAACAAGGUAUGUCAACAUCUUAUCUAUCGAAGUAUUGCUUUGUAUCAUUUCCAUUUGGAAGAAUGAUCUAUGCCGAGAGAGCAAGUACAAGAUUCUGUGUCUAUGGAGCCAAUGUUAAAAACAACCAAGAACUUCAUACACCCAUUUGUUUACCAUCAAUGAUUCCACAUAUCGAUAAAUACGAUGUUAGAGGUUAUGAACACCCAGUUGAUAUUCAACCAUCAUGUGAUGUAUUGAAUGGAUCACCAUAUAUUAAAACAGUCAAACUAACGGCAUCCAAUCGAAUGACAUACGAUAAAGAAGUAUUAAAUCGAUUCAUACUCGGGUUACCCAAUCUUGAGUGUCUCAGACUAAUAGGUGUUGGUGGUGCCAGAAUAUUAUCAUUGGUCAUCAAAUUAUUAAACAAAAACAUAAUCAAACACCUUACAAUUAGCCAUAUCGCGGUAACUCCUGCACAGAGUCGAAAACUAUUAGAUGCCAUCAAGACAAACAGAUCACUUAUUAGUUUUAAAAUCCAUUUUCGCGAAGAGUGUUUCCCAUUUGUUUAUCAAGCUUUAAAAGAGAUACGUACCAAUCAUAAUAAUACAACUCUGAAAUAUAUUUACUUGUUGUAUCAAAAUAGACAGGCAUAA